CGACAUUCUUCCACACAGCGCCACCGCGAAAGUUCAUUAGAGUUUUAAUCGAAUACAUGAACUGGAUUUAUUUUUCCUGUUUUAAGCGAAACAUCAAAUUCUAAAUUACUGUAAGUGUUGUGCAAAGGUUCGAUAGUGAUAAAAGUCGUUCGGGUUUGACCGAGAAUUUCGCGACAGUCCCGUUUCGUUGAGGUUCGCUAAGGAUUGCGGAUGGUGAUUUUUUCUUACUUCCACUUGGUGCGGAUAGUGACCAGAUAUGGAUCCAGUGAAGGAUCGAAGAAUAAUACAUAGCGAAGCGCAAUAGCUCAGACUGCCAAGCCUUUUACCGAAAAAUCUGCAAAUCGCUGCUCAAGAAACAUCCAGCAGUCUUUAAUCGAGCAAUUUUCGCCCCCAGAUAUGUGAUACCCUAAAUCGUCACACCUAUAUUCUUUAUGGCUCUGGUGUGUUUUUUUUUUUUUGUUCCAAUAUCUUUUUGCAACACACCAGCUAAGGCAUGUUUUCGAAUGCUGAUGAUGGCUUAACAGCAGUAUGUUCAGCAGCGAUUGAGGAAUUUGCAAAAUGAUGCCUGCGAUGCUCAUAUAAUGAUGGGUGGUGUUAAGCGUUGAAAAAUAUUUUCAACAUGUGUCAUUUCCGAUUUCCGGGAAGUGUGCGAUGCGAAGAGAAUAUCGACCUCGGGGAAACCCCCUGCAUGCAUGAAUGUUUUUUCGGGGAUCGUCGCUCCCCCGCGGGUCAUCGUAUCACUUCCUCUCUGGCCCGUUUGCCCUGUUGUCCACACCCGUCUCAGCAGCACCAGUGAAUUCAUGUCAAGUGUUGUGUUGUGUUGUGCUUUGCUUUGCCGAAUCGAUUUUGGUGUGGUACCCUACUGGCUAAGUACUGCUUGCUAGCUUGCUGGUUACAUGGAUUAGUUGCAGAAUUUGGAUGUGCCAAAAUGUGGAUUACCUGCUUAUUUGGAGAAGAAAUAAAUAUUUCGUAUACUUAGUUGAACAAGAUAUCAUCGAGGAUACAAUUGCAGGGCUAGAAGCGACCAUGAGGCAAAAAAGAGCAAUGUGAGUGGAAACACACCCAAUACACAAAAGUAUCCAGCCAGACAUCGAGAAUCGCGCACGGUAUCAUCCAUAUGUAUGAUAGCAGUAGAAAAAGAAAUGUGAGAUGUGUGUCAAAUGCAGAAGCGCCGUUCUUGGACGAUUGUGGAGUGCUCUUUUUUUAGUGUGCAAAGUAGUAGAGUGAUAGAAAAAGUUGGGCAGCAUCAACAGAAGUGGGGAAACGUGAAGAAUCUUUCCUCCCCUCCCUGAUCAGCAGAAGCCUCCUCCUUGGGCUCCUCCGGGAAAGCACCCCGACCAUAGCCAAUAGAAUCUUAUUAAGACAACGACGACAGAACGUUAUUAUUCCUACCACCAGCUAGAGUUAGUAGCAGCAAGCAAGCAACAGGCGCCACCACAGAACCGCCCCAUUACUUGGUGGGAAGGCGCGGAUGAUCUACGGUGGUGGUUCGUCCCCCGGACCAUAACUUGCCGGAAGACUGGACGACUGUGCAAUAUUCAACCUUCAUCAAAUCAUACGCGCUGUAGAAACCAUCGACGAAGAGCUGCGGAAGGGCACGGGAACCGGAAUAAUGCCACGCAACGGUGAAGCUUCCGGCGGUGGCGGCGGCCUGGAUAAGGGCUUCAGCUGCAAACCGACACCGGACUGGCUACAUCCGGACCAUGUCAUCAUGAACGAAGGUGUCACGUUCGAUGUGCGGUACAUCGGUUGUUUGGAGAUCAAAGCAUCGAUGAAAACCCUGGAUUUCGCUACACGAUCACAGGUUGCAAAGGAAUGCAUCAAUCGGGUAUGCGAAGCCGCUAGUCUCAAAUCAUCCAAGAAACGGCGGGUCGACAAACGGGUGCUGCAGUGCAUCUCGGACACCCCGGACAUGGAGCACGCCGGCACCAACGUCACGCUGACCGUGUCCAGCAAGUACCUCUCCCUAGUCAGUGUGGAUACCGGUGAUGUGAUCGCACAGCACGACAUGCCACGAAUAUCUUUCGCCUCGGGCGGGGAUACGGAUACAUUGGACUUUGUAGCCUACGUGGCCAAAGAUAUGGAAGAAUGGCGUGCCUGUUAUGUGCUCGAGUGUGGCGGCGGAGUGGCUCAGGACCUCAUCGCAACCGUUGGGCAGGCCUUUGAGUUGCGGUACAAAGAGUUCUUUAAUAAGCCUGAAACACAGAACAAAUUCCGGGAAUUUGUCAAAACCGAUAAAGAGUAUUACAACGAUCUGCCGGACAAGAUGCCUCCGGACCUGUUGACGGAAAACGAUCACUCCUCGCAGUCUCACAGCUCCUCCAGUGUUAGGACACGAGAAAGGAUAUCUAGCAAUUUGAUAGAUCUGAACACACCACUCCCCAAUCACGACUACGUGAACGACAAACAUUCUAAUACCAAUUCGCACAGCAAUAAGUCAAUAUCUUCCAGUUCUAUUGUGAAGGAUGUUUUUGAUAUGCAACCAUUUACGCUUUCGUCGGAGAUUCAGAAGUCGCAGCUGCUGACCGAGUCCUGGUACCACGGCAAUAUCAGCCGGGCCCAGAGUGAGCAUCUACUGAAGAACGACGGUGACUUUCUGGUGCGAGAAUCGGCCGGGACGCCCGGGCAGUACGUGCUGACCGGGAUGCAGAACCAACAGCCCAAGCACCUGCUGCUGAUCGAUCCGGAGGGUAUUGUGCGAACCAAAGACCGAAUUUUCGAGAGCAUCAGCCACCUGAUCAACUAUCAUUGGACGAACUCGCUGCCGAUCAUCUCGGCCGAAAGUGCCCUGCUGCUGCGGCAUCCGAUCCUCCGGACCACGGAUCUUCUCUCCAAAGCCAAACAACAGCAACAGCAUCAGCAACAACAACAACACACGACGCAACAGCAACAUCAGCAACAAGCGCAGGCGCAACAACAACAACAUCUGGGACUUCAAUGAGGGUGCGAGUGCCAGUGCUGCUCGCAUGGCGGCGGACAAUCGCCGGAGCGGGCGGCCACUGGCUGCAGCAGUAGCAGUAGCGGGGGAGGUUACAGGCAAGGGAAAAAAUAGAAUCAGAAAAAAAACGCAACACUGGUGUAUUAUGUAUUAUUGUAAAUUACUGAGAAGAACUGACAGGGGGUUAGGAAGGGAGAGAAGAAUAAAAAAAAUACAAAACUCAAAGAACUGUAAACUGGAAACUCUAUAGAUCCUACAUAUAUAUAUUUUUCUUUUUACUUAUAUUUAACAACAAUAUAAAAAACAAAAAAAUACUAUACUAUUUCAUGCUACAAUGAAAGUUCAGAAAAUGUUGAGUGACAUUUACAAAACGUAUCAGCAAAAGAUAAAAUUAUAGAGCAAAACAAAACAAGGAGCAAGCAAGCACUUUUAAAGUUAUAUUCCACUCCACUUGAGACACCUGAUCUAUCAGCAUUGCGCGCAUGUGUUGUAACACAACACGCACUGAACAAAGCGAAAACGAAUAAAGUUUUGACUUCGAAUGAAACAAAGAGAUUAACAACAUUAUGAAAAGAUAUAACAAAUUAUAGAAACAAAACAAAAACAAAAAUAUUCUACCGCAAGCGGAGUCUGACAUCAGAACAACAUUUAAGAAACAAAAGUUUAGAAGUUAGUAGAUUUCUUCUAUGAGAAAAAAAACAAAACAUACAAUUACUGCUACCCAAAAUGGUAAUAAAAAGAAAGAAAAAAAAUCAAACAAAACUAAGGAUUAUAUAUAUACUGUUAUCAAUUACAGUGCUGUUGGUUGAAAUCAAGAUUACAUUAAACAAAGUCAAACAACAAACGAAAGAAGAAAAACACACUGAGUAGAGCAAUUUAUUUUUGAAAUGUCAUAUUUUCCUAUUCUUCUUUACAAUUUUCAGCUACAAGCAACCCAAAUAACAAAUGGAACAAAGUUAAAUGGAGAAUCUAAGAAACAAAAAAAAACCACACACACACACACACACAUGAAUACAGACGCGUACACCCAAAAAACAAGCUAAUAGUAUUACGCUAGUAAAACAAUUUCGAACAAUGAUAAACCAAAAAAAACACACACACAAACCACAUCAACAAAUGACAAGUUAAAGCAGAAAAAGAAUAAAACAAUACACAAACAAAACAAUUUACUCAAUUCAAUAUUUUACUCUCAAAGCAUACAACAGAAAGCAAACCAACAAACAAAACAAACUUGUGAAUUUGGAAGUUCAAAUCGAACAUGUGGAAGAAUGUGGAUGUAGUUUUACGACGGAAGUUCGCUUUCAAGUUGCUUCUCGAAUCGAUCACAAUUAUUAUUAAAAUUUUCAGUUUUUCAAUGAUUUUUGAUGAAAUGUGUUUUCAGCCUGUGAGUCAAAAAUAUUUUGUUGAAUAUAAAAGCUAUGAAUUUUAUCUGUAAAACAAAUAACAAGCAGGAUUUCUGAAUUUUAAAUGUUAUCUGGACAUUUUUUAUCAAAUCGAGAUUUAAAAAAAAAUAUGUAAUACGCAAAAAAUUGAUUAUCUUUGAAACGUUUCAAAGAAAUCGAUUCUUUACAUCGGCUUGGAAUCAUGGAAGAUUUAGUUUUAUUUUUGCAAUUUUUAACAGUAUUUCAUCGACAGGUAUUCAAUUUUCACCGAUAAACUCGAACUUGGAAACUAAAGUCAGUAUAGAUACUUAUUACUUGGUUUAAUUUUAAUACCGAAUUAUUCGAAUUCCUGUUAGCGUUUUUUUCGUCAAGCCGAUUUCAGCUGGCUGGAUGAGAUCAAAUCGUGCUUAGUUGAAGAACGUUGACGAAUGAAAGAAGAACUACUGUAUAUGAUCGAGCAAAGUAUAAACGAAAAAUGAAAUAGAAAUCAAUGAAAAAAAUAGGAAGCUAAAGCGAAACACAAAAAAAAAACAAAAAUGGUCAACCAACAAGCAAAGCGACGAAUAGGUAUAUGGUGGUGAAUGGGAAAGCGCAUUUGUGAAUGGCUAGAAAGAAAUUCUGUGUGUGAGUAGUAGGUAAAAGGUGAGGUGCGGGUGUAGAUUUUGAAAGUUACAGAAAAAAAACCGAACAAUUCUAAUUAUUAUAUAGUAAUUAUUACCGAAAAAAAACAAACAAAGAAAUGGUAUUACAAAUUGAGGAGAAGACGAAAAAAAAACAUUUGUGGGACAGGGGAAAGAAAAACAGGCCAAGAAAAUUAUGACGAGUCAAACAAAAAUUUACCAGUAGUAGAUUGUUGCGAAACUAAGCAAAAAAAAAACAUGAGAGCCAAUUUAGAGAAAAACGAAAAAAAACUGCGAUGUAAACAAUUUACUCGUACCUACAGAAAAGGGGAAGGGGGCGUAAAUAAUAGGAAUGGAGAGAACAGUUGGAGAAACAAUGCUUGACAAAAAUAAAUGAUUCAAAUACAGUUAAA